AUGGAGCAAACUGAAUGAGGAAAUCAGAUGAAUAUCACAGAAUUUAUCCUCUUGGGUUUUGGAAAAUCCAGUCAAUGGCAAAAUAUAUUCUUCUUUGUUUUCCUAGUGAUCUAUAUUGUAGCCAUGGCUGGGAAUGUUCUCAUUGUAAUUUUAGUUGUAGUUGAUCAGCAUCUUCAUACACCCAUGUAUUUCUUCCUGGGAAACUUGUCAUGUCUAGAGACUUGCUAUAUUUCAAAUAUCGUACCCAAAAUGAUAGAUGGCUUGUUGACAGAUGAAAUGGCAAUUUCAUUUAAUGGCUGCUUUGUACAGUUCUUUUUCUUUGGCUAUUUAAUGGCAACUGAAUGUUAUCUCCUCUCAGUAAUGUCAUAUGAUCGGUAUUUAGCUAUAUGCAAACCAUUGCACUAUGCAACAAGCAUGAAUGUACAAAUCUGCAUCCAACUUGCAGCUGCCUCAUGGACAAAUGGGCUUAUAGCCACUUUAAUCCUGUUGAUUUUCAUGCUACAGUUAACAUACUGUGGCCCAAAUAUAAUUAAUCAUUAUUUCUGUGAUUCUGUUCCACUUAUAAAACUUUCUUGUAGUGACACCAGCCUAGUAGAACUUAUGAGUUUGAUCCUGGCAUUUGUAUUCACCCUGCCACCUUUUCUCCUCACCUUGACGUCCUACAUAUACAUAAUAACUACUAUCUUGGGGAUUCCUUCUACAACGGGAAAGAAAAAGGCUUUUUCCACUUGUUCCUCUCAUCUUAUUGUAGUUUCUACCUUUUAUGGAGCCAUCAUGAUUGUAUAUAUGUUACCAAAGAAUGAAGCACUCAGUGAUCUCAACAAAGUUUUGUCUCUCUUGUAUACAGUCUUGCCCCCUGUUGCAAAUCCUCUUAUAUACAGCUUGAGAAAUAAAGAGGUAAGGGAUGCCAUAGUGAAAAUAUUUCAAAGGUUUCUUAUUUUUCCAAGAAGUCAGAGACAGUUGUUGCAAUGA